CGGCAGCUGCUUGGGUGACGACAGCCGGCAGCGCGGCGCCCUGAGACCCCGAGCCGCGCGGCCCCGGCGUCGCCGGCUCUCCGGCUGUCGUCCCUUUCCCUCCCCUCGCCGCCCCCAGCGGAUUAGGAAUGGGUCCCAACGGCUGCGGGACCCGCGUUCCGCGCCGCCCGUAGGCCCCAGUGCAGAGGCCGGCCGGGCGGCCUGGCAUCCCCCCACUCCGGCCCCCGAGUCAAGCGAUCCCCACCCCUGAUCCUCGGGGAGGAAGAUGAGGCAGACAGGCCCGGCGCCCGGCAGCCAGAGCAGCAGCAGCAGCGGUCGGGGGAGGGUGUUUCGCUGUUUCCUCUCAGCCGCCAGGGCAAGAUGGCAGCGGCCGCCGAGAGGGGCUGAGCCCGGGCUGGGUGGUGCCGCCUGCUGAAGCGCCUGGCUCCCUGUCUCCGGCACGGCCCCGCGACCCGCCCCGGACAUGCUCAGGGCUGCGGCCGCCCGACGAGCGGAGAGCGCGGGCCUCUAGGAAGGUAUGGCCUCACAAGUCUUGGUCUACCCACCAUACGUUUAUCAAACUCAGUCAAGUGCCUUUUGUAGUGUGAAGAAACUCAAAGUAGAGCCAAGCAGUUGUGUUUUCCAGGAAAGAAACUAUCCACGGACCUAUGUGAAUGGUAGAAACUUUGGAAAUUCUCAUCCUCUCACAAAGGGUAGUGCUUUUCAGACAAAGAUACCGUUUAAUAGACCUCGAGGACACAGUUUUUCAUUGCAGACAAGUGCUGUUGUUUUCAAAAACACUGCAGGUGCUACAAAGGUCCUAGCAGCUCCAGUGCAGCAAGCCUCAGUGGAGGUACCUCAGAUUGGGGCGUGGCGACACAGGCUACAUUUCCUAGAGGCCCCCCAGCGAUGUGGAUUGAAGCGCAAGAGUGAGGAAUUGGAUAAUCAUAGCAGCGCAAUGCAGAUUGUUGAUGAACUGUCCAUACUUCCUGCAAUGUUGCAAACCAACAUGGGAAAUCCAGUGACAGUUGUGACAGCUACCACAGGAUCAAAACAGAAUUGUACCACUGGAGAAGGUGACUAUCAGUUAGUACAACACGAAGUCUUAUGUUCCAUAAAGAACACGUAUGAAGUCCUCGAUUUUCUGGGUCGAGGCACUUUUGGUCAGGUUGUUAAGUGCUGGAAAAGAGGGACAAAUGAAAUUGUAGCAAUCAAAAUUUUGAAGAAUCACCCUUCUUACGCCCGUCAAGGUCAAAUAGAAGUAAGCAUCUUGGCAAGGCUUAGCACUGAAAAUGCUGAUGAAUAUAACUUCGUACGAGCUUAUGAAUGCUUUCAGCACCGUAACCAUACUUGCUUAGUCUUUGAGAUGCUGGAACAAAACUUGUAUGAUUUUCUGAAACAAAAUAAAUUCAGUCCUCUGCCACUAAAAGUGAUUCGGCCCAUUCUUCAACAAGUAGCCACUGCACUGAAAAAAUUGAAAAGUCUCGGUUUAAUUCAUGCUGACCUCAAACCAGAGAAUAUUAUGCUGGUGGAUCCUGUUCGGCAGCCAUACAGGGUUAAAGUAAUAGACUUCGGGUCGGCCAGUCAUGUAUCAAAGACUGUUUGUUCCACAUAUCUACAAUCUCGGUACUACAGAGCUCCAGAGAUUAUAUUGGGGUUGCCAUUUUGUGAAGCCAUAGACAUGUGGUCAUUGGGAUGUGUGAUUGCAGAAUUGUUCCUCGGAUGGCCGCUCUACCCUGGAGCCUUGGAGUAUGAUCAGAUUCGAUACAUUUCUCAGACUCAAGGUUUACCAGGAGAACAGUUGUUAAAUGUGGGUACGAAGUCCACAAGAUUUUUUUGCAGAGAAACAGAUAUGUCUCAUUCUGGUUGGAGAUUAAAGACACUGGAAGAACAUGAAACAGAGACAGGAAUGAAGUCUAAAGAAGCCAGAAAGUACAUAUUCAACAGUCUGGAUGAUAUAGUGCAUGUGAACACAGUGAUGGAUUUGGAAGGAAGUGAUCUUUUGGCUGAGAAAGCUGAUAGAAGAGAAUUUGUUAGUCUGUUGAAGAAAAUGUUGCUGAUUGAUGCGGAUUUAAGAAUUACUCCAGCUGAGACACUCAACCAUCCUUUUGUUAAUAUGAAACAUCUUCUAGAUUUCCCUCAUAGCAACCAUGUAAAGGCCUGUUUUCAUAUCAUGGAUAUUUGUAAAUCUCACCCAAAUUCAUGUGACACAAAUAAUCACAAUAAAACUUCAUUUUUAAGACCAGUUGCUUCAAGUAGUGCUGCUACUCUACCGACAAGUUUUACUAAAAUUGGAACAUUAAGAAGUCAGGCAUUGACCACGUCUGCUCAUUCAGUUGUGCACCAUGGAAUACCUCUGCAAGCAGGAACUGCACAGUUUGGGUGUGGCGAUGCUUUUCAGCAGACCUUGAUUAUCUGUCCCCCAGCUAUUCAAGGUAUUCCUGCAGCACAUGGUAAACCUACGAGUUACUCCAUAAGGGUAGACAAUACAGUUCCACUUGUAAGUCAGGCCCCAGCUGUGCAGCCGCUGCAGCUCCGACCGGGAGUUCUCUCACAGCAGACCUGGUCUGGUAGAACUCAGCAAAUGCUGGUACCUGCCUGGCAACAGGUAACACCCAUGGCUGCUGCUACUGGGACACUAACUUCUGAUGGCAUGGCUGGUUCACAGAGACUUGGAGACUGGGGGAAAAUGAUUUCUCACAGCAAUCACUAUAACUCAGUGAUGCCACAACCGCUUCUAACCAAUCAGAUAACAUUAUCGGCCCCUCAGCCUAUCAGUGUGGGUAUUGCACAUGUUGUCUGGCCCCAGCCUGCCACAACUAAGAAAAACAAACUGUGCCAGAACAGAGGUAUUUUGGUAAAACUAAUGGAAUGGGAGCCAGGAAGAGAGGAAAUAAAUGCUUUCAGUUGGAGUAAUUCAUUGCAGAAUACCAAUAUUCCGCACUCAGCAUUUAUUUCUCCAAAGAUAAUAAAUGAGAAAGAUGUUGAACAAGUAAGUUGUGUAGAAACACAGGACAAUCAUAACUCAGAAGGAGAGACAAGAAGUUGCUGCGAAACGUCUGUCAGACAGGACUCUGAUUCAUCACUCUCAGAUAAGCAGCGGCAAACCAUCAUCAUCGCUGACUCCCCAAGUCCUGCUGUGAGUGUGAUCACCAUUAGCAGUGACACCGAUGAGGAAGAGACGUCUCCCAGACAUUCACUUAGAGAAUGCAAAGGUAGUCUAGAUUGUGAAGCUUGCCAGAGCACUUUGAAUAUUGAUCGAAUGUGUUCACUAAGUAGUCCUGAUAGUACUUUGAGCACCAGCUCUUCAGAGCAGUCUAGCCCAUCGCCUUGCAAGAGACCGAACAGUAUGUCGGAUGAAGAGCAAGAAAGUGGUUGUGAUACUGUGGAUGGCUCUCCAAGUUCAGACUCCUCUGGGCACGACAGUCCAUUUGCAGAGAGCAGUUUUGUGGAGGACACCCAUCACAGCACAGAAUUGGUUACUUCUGCUGACACAGAAACCAAGCCAACUGUUUGUACUGUUGUGGUGCCACCCAUGGGGAUAGACCGUGGAGUAAAUGCAGAAGAGCAUAUCGCAAACACAGAGUCUACAUGCCAGCCAUUAAUAAAAGGACGAUCUGCCCCUGGAAGAUUAAAUCAGCCUUCUACAAUGGCGAAUCGUCAGCAGAAAUUGACAUCAGCAUUCCAGCAGCAGCAUUUGAACUUCAGUCAGGUUCAGCACUUUGGAUCUGGGCAUCAAGAAUGGAAUGGAAACUUUGGACAUCGAAGACAGCAAGCUUAUAUCCCUACUAGUGUUACCAGUAAUCCAUUCACUCUUUCUCAUGGAAGUCCUAACCACACAGCAGCAGUACAUGCCCAUCUGGCUGGAAGUACACACCUUGGAGGACAGCCCACUCUACUUCCAUACCCAUCUUCAGCUACCCUCAGUAGUGCUGCACCAGUGGCUCACCUCUUAGCCUCUCCAUGUACCUCAAGACCUAUGUUACAGCAUCCAACUUACAAUAUCUCCCAUCCCAGUGGCAUAGUUCACCAAGUCCCUGUGGGCAUAAAUCCCCGUCUGUUACCAUCCCCAACCAUCCAUCAGACUCAAUACAAACCAAUCUUUCCACCACAUUCUUACAUCGCAGCAUCCCCUGCGUAUGCUGGAUUUCCACUGAGUCCAACAAAACUCAGCCAGUAUCCAUAUAUGUGAAAAGUCGAAACAGUAUAUAUUGAGGAAGCUCAAUGAUACAAACAUUUGAUUAAUAAAAAUAAAAACAUGGUAUUUAAUAAAUAUUAGCCAUGGCACAAGAAAAUUAUUUUUGAAUCAUGUAGACUUGGGUGCAAUUUAAACAACUUUGAGCUUUAAAAAAAUCUCACUUUUAAUGUGUUUUGCACAUUUGGUAUAACUUGUCUUUGGUCAUGUUAUCUUCUUAUGUAGUAACUCUAGACAGGUGACUUAUGGGAGCAAAAGUCCAGUUUUGCUCCUGCUAUUUUUUAUAAAAUUGCCUUCUAACUAGUGCAAGACACGUCCACAUUUGGGAAGCCAUUCUGUGUACAGACUUAGAGCAACUGAUGCACAUAUGUCAGAAUUACAGCAUACAGUGAAUUGUAUUAUCUGUGUCUUAGUGUAUAAAUGUUGGGUCACUUAACCUAAGAAAUUGAGCUAUUGUUCUUUACAUUUGCAUGUGUCUUUUGCAUGGGCAAAAUGUUGCCUAGACUUUGCUCUUAAUGUUGUUCUAAUAAUCUCAGCUGCAUUGUAAACCGUUUCCACACAUAGUGCCUUAAAUAUUUGAGGUUGUUAAUGUUAUUACCUAUCUAUAAAUGUUGAGGACUGCAGCACUUAAAAUUCAGACCUAUUCUUUAGUUUUCUUUUGAUAGAGUAAUGUUCACUUUUGGUUUUGUGUGGUAAGAUUUCAGGUGGUAGCUGUUUUUUCCUUAUUAAGGGGGCAGCAUGUUUGCUAUAGAAGAAAUCUGCUGUCUGAUUUUUUCAGAAUGAUCUAGCUUCAAGAAAAGCAAGCAGCUAGUAGUGCUUAAGAAAAAUUGAUUCAGUAUCUAAUGGAUUGUUAUUAACUGUCACAGCACAGCAUUUUAUAUACUGUUAAGUGAAACUGCAAUACAAUCUAAGUUUAGUUUGGGAGUGUUUGCUGUAUAAUUGGACUUGAUGAAAUGUUUAGAGGUGAAGUAGGCAUGACUUUGAGUAGAUAAUGAAAGAAAAUGCAAAAUGCUCAUUGAUUCAUGAUGUGGUUUCAUCUUAGCUUGGGCAAACCAUGCAGUAUUUAAUAAAUAGUAGCAGAAUAUUUACUAUUGAAGCUUGAAAAGAUGUGAGUUCUUUGUGUGCAAUUUUUCAUUUAUGCAUGUGAGGGGGUUUUGUUUUUUGGUUAUUUUUUAAAAGUAUUUUUACAUUGUAGUACUUGUUUUGCUUGUUGGUGGUGUUUGCUUAUUUAAUACAUUCCGUCAGGGACAGAAAUUACAUGCUUUUUUUUCCUAGGAAGUGUGUCUUGGGUUUUUCCCUUCCUUCCCCCACCUUGGUGGUAAUGGUGGUGAUGUUUAAAUGAAGUUGCUUUUACAGCACCAAAGACUUAAUCAUCCAUUUCUUAUAUAAAAGGUAGCUAACUUUUUUGCAUAGACCUCAAGUAUAUUGUAGUGUAGAGGUGGGAUUUAAGGAAAGGUAUUAAAUUGAGGCUGUGUUUUAGCUUACAGGCAAGUAAUAAAUUGUAUCAUUUAUCUUGAAUGUAUCAUAGAUAAGCUGCUAUAUAACGAUUGCCACUUCAGAUAGCUGUGAAAUUAGAUGAUUAACUAGUUGUUAUUUAGCCUUCUAAUUUCUGUAUAAAUCUAACUACAUGAGAUAGAAGUUGGGGUUUUGAUUUUUUUACUUUGCUUUUCUGUUUGGAGUGUCAUUGUAACUACUGUAUUGUAAAUGAUGGAAAAUAAUUGCAUAUGUUAUUUUGGGGUGUGUUUUUGCAUCAGUAUUUUAUCUCUUAAUGUUUGUGCUUAUCACUGCAUAUAAAAUCUUGGAUGUAUCAGUGUAACUUAAUUUUUAAUUUUCAUACUGGCAUUGUAGACACUUGAGAAAGCUGUAUCUUGCAGGCUUGACUUAACUUUUUUUUCCUUAAAAAUCUGGAAUAUUCUUACAGAAUUUACUGGAAUAAACAGUACAAAGCAUUUGGGUGUGGAACUCUCCAAAUGUUUUAGAUUUACAGCAUUUCUUUAGUAAAUGAAUUGCAUACCACUAAUACAGCAUUGACGAUAAGCUAAUAAUGGAUAAACUUUUCUUUACUCCAUUAACACACAAAGCAGUGUUUUAUUUAAUAAUCAUUAAUGGAAUAAAUGUGCCUGAAAUUGAUUUUAAAAAUCACAGUAUUAGAUCAUAAAAUAAAAACCAGCAGUACAUUUUUAGUCACACUGAAAAUGAAGGACUUAAUUUUCCCCACACGUUUCAGUGUUUUUAGUAAUCAAUUCUAUGCAUUUUAUAUAAACAGACAACAUACAACACACAUAAAAAGGAGUAAAGUAAGAUUAAUUUAAAAGAUGGUUUACACAUGACACAUUUAUGGAAUCACUGAGUAGAUUUGCAGUCCUCCACAGCCUUCUAAUCUUAUUUAUAUGGUCUAGUAGAUUACUGGUAUCUGCUCAUUUGGAAAAGAAUCAGUGCUGCCAAUGGAUGUUUCAGAAAUACCAAGUGAAAAAGAUUGAUCAACUCACAGCAGGUACAAAGCCGGCACCAUGUGCUUUUUUGUUCAGGGCUGUUUGCUACCCUGAAAAGAGGUAUUUUCUGCAUUUCAUUUCCAAGACUGAAGUAGUCUUGUUAAAAUUUCCAUAAAUGGUAACAGUUAACAUUCUCAUACUACAAAUAUGCUGCUCUUAAUUAAUUGCAAUCAUGGACUUUUUAUUUUCAAUGUGCUUAAAUAUUUCAAACUUCAAAAUCUUGCUGAAGACUAAACUUAACAUUGACAAACACAUCUCCAUCUAUACCAUCUUUAGAAUCAUUUUAAUCCAUUAUCUUUGGUUUUAAUUCUUUCUUAAAUAAAACACUGCAUGAAUUUUAAGCUGCAUAUUUGCAUACUAUUUUAAUUUGCAAAUGAAUUUUUAUCAAUUCUGAUUUCAGAUUAUUUUCCUUCAGGGUAUUUAAUUAAAUAUGCUACUAUAUUAGCAAAACCUUUUCAUUUAAAAAAAUCUUUACUGCUAAGUUUAAACUUGGUUUGUGUUAAGUACAAGUUAAAUCAUACACUGCAAGGUGUAGAAAGAUUUGUUUUAAUGAACCCAGUGAUAUAGAUUUGAUUACUAAGUUUGAACUGUUAGCUGUUCAACAAUUUUAGACUUGUGGCUUUCUUUGAUUUGUUUGUUUUUGCUUUUACUUUUAUGCUACACUAGUUUGCCAUGUAGCAACUGCACUGUGCAAUAUUACAAUAAGGACUGGGAAAAUUUUUAUGGAUGUAAUGUCUAUUACAGUUUGCGAUAGUAUUUCUCUCUAGUUCUCAGUGAUUUAAAUGUGACCAAGCCUUCUGUACUUUGUCACAAAAAGCGGGUUUUCCAGGUGACUAUUUUGGUGAGUGUCAAAAUAAGAAUUUAUGGUGUAUUACUGUUGAUUCACUUUGAAUUAAAAUAUAUAUAUAUUGCAGCAAA